UCAGAAGGCCGAAUUGGCGGGAGAAUAAGUUGGUGUUCCGAGAUCUGAGGCAACGGUGGCUCCUCGAGGUCCACGGUCCCGGAGAUGGGAUUUCGCCAUGUUGCCUAGGCUGAUCUUGAACUCCUGGGCUCAAGAUAUCCACCCUCCUCGGCCUCCCAAUGUGCUGGGAUUACAGGCGUGAGCCACCAUGCCUGGCCCGAGUGUUCAUUGAUGAUGAGAGAUGGGCUUUUUGCAUCAAAUCACAAAAAUAUACUGAGUAAUGUGAGGAUUCUUGCUUUUCUGGAAGCUAACACGUAGUCAGUGCCAAAGUAGUGACAGAAGAAAUCUUGGGAGGAAGCAUUUUUUUCUUGUACUUGAAACAGCUGCUGGGCCCACCAUGGCUCCUGUGAAGAUCAGCCAUGUGGUAUCGUUUUCUUCUCAGGAUCCCAAGUAUCCUGUAGAGAACUUGCUAAACCCAGAUAGUCCAAGGAGACCUUGGCUCAGCUGCCCUCAGGACAAGAGUGGGCAAUUGAAAGUAGAACUACAGCUGGAGAGGGCAGUGCCCAUUGGCUACAUUGAUGUGGGUAACUGUGGCUGUGCAUUCCUGCAAAUUGAUGUGGGCCGUUCUUCCUGGCCCCUGGACAGACCUUUCAUAACCCUGCUCCCUGCUACCAUGCUAAUGUCUCUAACUGAUUCAAAGCAGGGGAAGAACCGCUCCAGGGUCCGCAUGUUCAAAGAUGUUGAUUUCCUGGCUCCAGCCUCAGGAGAGUUAUGGGAUCGACUUCGCCUGACCUGCUCCCAACCCUUCACGCGUCAUCAGUCCUUUGGUCUGGCCUUUCUACGGGUGCGUUCUUCUCUGGACUCCUUAGAUGACUCUGUGGUGGGUCCCUCAGCCCUUGUGAGCUCUGUGCUGAACAAGGGUUCUUCUGAUGCUGAGGAGUCUGGUCCUAGCCCCUGGCUAGCUAAUCCUUCCAUCCGGAGGACAUUCUUCCCACAUCCCCAUACUGACACCAAGGAAAUUUCAGACCUCAGGAAUAUCCUAACACAGCUGCAGCCAGGGACUCUGGGGCGUUCAGCCCACAUGGUGCUUUCUGCUGCCCGCAGGGUGCCUCCAGUCAGUGUGGCAAGCCCAAAGAACAACCAUGCAGAACCAGGUUCCAGUCAUCCAGACAGGGCAGAGCACAGAGCAGAGGAGCAAAACUCGGAGAAUGAUGUGGGCAGGAUGAAAAGAAGAAAAGUGCAGCACCAAAGGCCUUUAUCCAAAUCUAAUUCUUGGCCAAACAGGAGGGAGAUAGCAAGAGCACGGCAAAAAAAACAGCACCGACCCCAGGCCCAAAGCAGUGGUGGCCAGGAUAGUGGACAGUGCCCGAUUUGUGCAGGUUCCUUCUGGAUUGAGAUUCUUCCCCAGCAUGCUGCCACUUGUGGAGAGACCUCCCCACCUCACCCAGCUUCUCCCUCAUCCUCAUCAUCUUCGUCCCAGUCUGUACUAAGAUUUCACUGUGUGGCACUAACACUGGUUCCCUUGGUCCCCAGGCCUCUCCACUCCUUCAUCCGCCAGCAGCCUAACCGGACUGAGAUCGUGAACAGGAAGCUCAGGUUCCCACCUCCACUCCUGGGCGCCAUCCAGGAGGGCCGAUUGGGCCUUGUGCAGCAGCUGCUGGAGUCAGGGAUUGAGGCCACAAGCAGUGGACCAGGCUGGUCCCUGUGGAAUGUGGAAGAGGCCGAGGACUGCUCCUGGAGGGAAGCACUCAACCUGGCCAUCCGCCUGGGCCAUGAGGCCAUCACCGAUGUGCUGUUGGCCAGUGUCAAGUUUGACUUCCGCCAGAUCCAUGAGGCCCUGCUAGUGGCAGUGGACACAAACCAGCCAGCAGUGGUGCGUCGCCUGCUGGCCCAGCUGGAACGGGAGAAGGGUCACAAAGUAGUCACCAAGUCUUUCUCACUGGCUUUCUUUGACUCAUCAAUUGAUGGCUCCCGCUUUGCACCUGGUGUGACUCCCCUCACCCUGGCCUGCCAGAAGGCGUAUGAGAUAGCACAGCUGCUCAUGGAACAGGGCCACACCAUUGCCCAGCCCCACCGGGUCUCCUGUGCCUGCCUCGAGUGCAGCAAUGCCCGCCGCUAUGACCUGCUGAAAUUCUCUCUGUCCCGCAUCAACACCUACCGUGACAUCACCAGCAGGGCCCACCUCUUACUGGCCAGUGAGGACGCCAUGCUGGCUGCCUUCCAGCUUAGCCGCGAGCUCAGGCGCCUUGCACGCAAGGAGCCUGAAUUUGAGCCUGAGUACAUUGCCCUGGAGUCACUGAGCCAGGACUAUGGCUUUGAGCUGCUGGGCAUGUGCCGGAACCAGAGCGAGGUCACUGCAGUGCUCAACGACCUGGCCAAGGACAGUGAGACUGAGCCCGAGGCUGAAGGCCUGGGCCUGGGCUUUGAGGAAGGCAUCCCCAACCUGGCGAGGCUGCGACUGGCUGUCAACUACCAUCAGAAGCAGUUCGUAGCACACCCAAUUUGCCAGCAAGUCCUGUCCUCCAUCUGGUGUGGGAACGUGGCUGGUUGGUGUGGAAGCACUACUAGCUGGAAGCUCUUUGUUGCCUUCCUCAUCUUCUUCACCAUGCCCUUCCUCUGCCUUGGCUACUGGCUGGCACCAAAGUCCCGGCUGGGCCACCUGCUAAAGAUCCCAGUACUGAAGUUCCUGCUGCACUCUGCCUCCUAUCUGUGGUUCCUCAUCUUCCUGCUGGGAGAGUCCCUGGUCAUGGAGACACAGCUGAGCACCAUCCGUGGCCGCAGCCAGAGUGUCUGGGAGACUUCACUACACAUGAUUUGGGUCACAGGCUUCCUGUGGUUUGAGUGCAAGGAAGUGUGGAUUGAGGGCCUGCGCAGUUACCUCCUGGACUGGUGGAACUUCCUGGAUAUGGUCAUCCUGUCCCUGUACCUGGCAGCCUUCGCACUGCGCCUCCUCCUGGCUGGGCUUGCCCACGUGCACUGCCGGGACGCCUCCCAAGCGGCUGCCUGCCACUAUUUCACCACGGCUGAACGAAGCGAGUGGCACACCGAGGAUCCCCAGUUCUUGGCUGAGGUGCUCUUCGCUGUCACCAGCAUGCUCAGCUUCACCCACCUGGCCUACAUUCUGCCGGCCCAUGAGUCGCUGGGCACUCUGCAGAUUUCCAUUGGCAAGAUGAUCGAUGAUAUGAUCCGUUUCAAUGAGAUGUUUCAGUUUCUGUUCUGGACCAUGUUCGGCAUGGAGGAGCACAGUGUGGGCGUGGUGGACGUGCCUCAGUUUCUGGUGCCCGAGUUUGUGGGCCAGGCCCUCUAUGGCAUCUUUACCAUCGUCAUGGUCAUUGUGCUGCUCAACAUGCUCAUUGCUAUGAUCACCAACUCCAGAAGAUCGAGGAUGAUGCUGACGUGGAGUGGAAGUUUGCUCGCUCCAAGCCCUAUCUGUCCUACUUCCGAGAGGGCCUGACAUUGCCUGUGCCCUUCAACAUCCUGCCCUCCCCGAAGGCUGUCUUCUACCUUCUCAGGAGAAUUUGCCAGUUCAUUUGCUGUUGCUGUUGCUGUUCCUGCUGCAAAACCAAGAAGCCAGACUAUCCCCAUCCCUACUUUUGCCAAUCCUGGGGCAGGGGCUGUGCCUGGGGAGGAAGAGCAUGGAUCCUACCGCCUUCGCGUCAUCAAGGCCCUGGUACAGCGCUACAUAGAGACUGCCCGGCGGGAAUUCAAGGAGACCCGGCGGAAAGACCUGGGCAACAGACUCACAGAGCUGACCAAGACCAUAUCUCGACUGCAAAGCAAGGUAGCUGGUGUGUGGUGAACUCUGGCAGAGGGAGGGACACCCUGGCCUCCCGACGGUGCCAGCGUCCUCAGUCACUCCAUCACCUGAGUGCACAACAGCUUCCAGAACCUGGGGCCUCCCAUCCCUGAAACCCCAGAGCUGACAGGGCCUGGGAUUGUGGGGACCCAGGAAUCAUCAGGAACCGGGCUUCAGGACACUGGAGGGGUGAGGACUCUGGCUUCUGGAGAGUCUGGCCCCUGCUCCCCAGCUCAUGUGCUAGUGCAUAGGGAGCAGGAAGCAGAGGGGCUGGGGACCUGCCCCAGGGGGAGGAUUCGGGGACUGAGAGGAGGUCCUGAUAUAG